AUGGUUACUUAUAACGACAGCUCCACUGCUGGAAAUUCAUCUCGAACCUCUUUGGACUCCAGAAGUCUGAUUCCUGCGGUGGUGCUGUCCCUGUGCUUCCUGCUGGGAUUCCUUGGAAACAUCGCUGUCAUCAUUCUCAAGCCAAACUGGGAGAACAUGUCCAGUCUGAGCCAGAGUUUGAUGCUGAACCUGGCUGUGUCAGACCUGCUCUGCAUGCUUACCAUUCCACUGUGGACAUACUCUUUUCUCGAUAGUUGGACCUUCGGCGUUGAGGCUUGCAAGCUGGUAACAUACCUUGGCUACUGCAGUGUUUAUGGUAGCCUGCUGACUGUGACUGCAAUGAGCAUCCAGCGUUACUUUCAGGUGGUGCACUUUGAGAGGAGGUUACAUGAAGUUGAAGCAAGGCAACUGUUGGUUCCACUGUGGCUGGUUUCAAUGAUCCUGUCCAUCCCUGCUUUAGUGGUCCGAAAGCUGCACAAAGAUCAGCACUGGAUACGCUGCAAACCUCACUACUCCUCUGAGGGCCAGAGGAUUGCUGUGGUGUUGACAGGGUUCCUGGUAGGAUUUGUGGCAUUUUUUGUCAUAGCUUUUUCAUACAUCAGUCUCUACAGAAAGGUGAAUCAGGCAGCCUUUUUCAACAAUCCACAGACCACCAGACUGAUUACCAGCAUCGUUGUGACUGUUUUUGUCCUGUGGGUGCCAUAUCGUGCCAUGAAUAUUGUGGAGAUAGCAGCUGUUUCCCUACAUAACAAUCUCGUGAUGAAGUUUUGUGAGGACACCUGGAAUGCUUUCGCCUCUGUAACAUUUGUAAACAGUGCUGUGAAUCCACUCCUGUAUGCCUUUACUUCUAAUCAUUUGUUCACUCUUUGCCAAAAAAGUGCUAAAUAUUUAAUGGAGAAGUUCAGAAUUCCCCCAAAAUCUGCCUGAGUUAUCAGAUAUCACUGCAGAAACUGCUCAGUGAUGAAAGUGCUGUGGUACUCUGUGUUUGACACUGCAAACUGUAGGUAAUAGAAGGUUUAAUGAUGACAUCUUUUCUCACAUCAGCUGUGUGCUGAUUACAGCUGGUCCUCACCCAGAGCUGCAAAACAACAUGUUUGUAUAGAAUGCAAUGUUUGUUGACAUGGAAUCAGGUGAACAUUCAAAACAAAGUACCUAGUAUUAAGUGAUAUACGUAUAAUUUUACCAUAAGUUAUAGUAUAAUCUCCAUAGUUUUUAAUCUUGCUUAAAUCAUCAUUAUAAUCAUCUUUAACUGUUAUCAUCCCCUAUUGCAUGCCAUACUUCAGACAUCAAAUGCAUACAAGUAGAUCUUAAAUUUCCAAAACCAAAUCAAUUAGCUUUGCAGAAUAAACCUAGCCAACCACUGACCCUGCCAAUGCUGACAGCAGCCUGUCCAAAAAUCACAAGUUAACAAAGAAGGAAUAAGUAGUUUAUUUUCAUAAUACUAAUACUAAUGAUGAUAAUAUAGUCUGUAGUUAUAAUUCACAAAGAAAAUGUAAGUUAAAAGAUGUUUAGUUAUCUUUUCUUUCUUCACUUCUUU